AAAAGUCGCACAUCUGAUUUAACGCGCUUUACCUUUGUGCGCAGUUUUUACAUCCCAUUGGAUCUUUCAUCUGAAAUUAAAGCGCCGUGAUGGUGAACAGCCGUGUGGAGUCGUCGGCCGUGGCCGUGACGGGCGGAGGAGCAGGCGCGGGUGGAAUGGUCCGGUCAUGCGCCGGAUGUGGCGGUCGGAUUUCCGACCGGUUCUUGCUCUUCUCCAUGGAGCGCUAUUGGCACACGCGCUGCCUGAAGUGCUCGUGCUGCCAGGCGCAGCUGGGCGAGAUCGGCACCACCUGCUACAGCAAAGGGGGCAUGAUCCUCUGCAGGAACGACUACAUCAGAUUGUUUGGUCACAGCGGUGCUUGUAGUGCAUGUGGUCAGUCGAUUCCAGCCAGUGAGAUGGUGAUGAGGGCGCAGGGUAACGUCUAUCACCUGAAGUGUUUCACAUGUGCCACAUGUCGGAACCGCCUGGUGCCUGGGGACAGAUUCCACUACGUGAACGGCACUAUCUUCUGUGAGCACGACCGGCCUGGAGGAGGCAUGCUCAGCAGUCACCUGACCUCACUGCAGAACAACCCUCUUCUAAAUGACCAGAAGGUAUGCUAAAGGGACAAGGACUUACCACAGCGCAGCGUGCCUUCUCCUUGUCCUUCCUCUCUUCCCUUCUCACUCCCUCUUUAUCUCCUUGUUGUAAUAAAUCCACUCGCAUCCGAGACGCUGGUUUCCAUUCGUUCUCUCAAUAAAGACUCUCAAAGACUCGUUUUGCUGGAACAGCUUCUUCCCCCUACAUAAUAUGGUUAAGAUGGGAAAGCAGAGAGGACUGGGAUUAAGAGCGGCCAUGGAAUGGCUCAAACUCUGGACUGCUUGAGAAGCUCGCUGAUUUUUGAGGAGCCCCAACCGGAGAUGAUGCUGAUAAAAGGGGCGUGUUUGCAAUACUGUUUUUAAGGUCUGAUUUUGGUGAAUUUUGGAGAAGUUGUGGACAUUUUGCAACACUCUGGACUGUAAUCUUGCGUAUGAUGCCCGUACAGUGCAUUGGACUCGCCAGUGAAAAUGCAGAAAGAGACGAGAUAUUUUGUGGUUUGUACUCUGUAACACUCUUUGCGUAACUUAUGAUUGUUUUGUACUGCUGCCAAUCGCCUACUUCACAUUAAUAGCAGUUCAUGUUGCCGAAGGUGGACCUGAUGUGCUUAUGAUUAGCAAACAAAGUAGAGGGAAAUCAAAAUGUAUAUAUUUCUUUUCUUUGCUGUCAUAUUGUGUGCUCAGUUGCUACAUUUUGUGUUUCUGAGCAUUAAAAGUGAUAUAUCUGUAUAGUUAAAGUACUUAUUAAAUGACUAUAACC